AUGCCCCUACAAAAUGAAUGGCGCGCUGAUGUGCCUGUAUCGGGAAAUGAGCUCUGUCGGUUCAUGGAAAUCUCAACACAGUUGUCAGCAACCCAUUGUUGUGGUAUGAUGUUGUAUUGUGUCCGAGAAAUUACCAUAUUUACAGUAUCCGGAAGACCAGUUGGGAGAAAAAGACGUGACCAGUGGGUCACCGUGAACAGUCGAGCCUUCGUGGAGACACACUCUGAGCCACCUGGUCAGGCCAGAGUUCUCCCCUCAUGGAGUUCUGGCUACAGACUCUGUGCAUCUUACGUGGUGGGCACCGCGGGCAGAAGGGAUGGGAGAAGUGGUGAGGCCGUUGGGGGGGCUCUGGAAGCUCAUCAGAACACCCGUGCGGCGGGUACAAGAGCCCGUUCCUGGCAGACCGCCUGCCACCAAUGGGGACACUCCCAACACUCCAUCCAUGCCCCAUUGACCCGUCGCGCUAGACCCGAUCAAUCGGAGUUUGGUCAAAGAGACUUCCGCCAGAUCCUGUCUUGGCGUCGCCAUUGA